AACAACUCCGUCUCAGUAGCAGCAGCUAGGGUUUGGUUUCUCUGCCUCGCAUCCAUGGGUAAGGGGACUGGAAGUUUCGGUAAGAGGAGGAACAAGACCCACACUCUCUGUGUGAGAUGUGGCCGCCGCAGCUUCCAUCUCCAGAAGAGUCGCUGCUCUGCUUGUGCCUACCCUGCUGCCCGCACCAGGAAAUUUAACUGGAGUGUGAAGGCUAUCAGAAGGAAGACCACUGGGACCGGAAGGAUGAGGUAUCUGCGCAAUGUGCCUCGCAGGUUCAAGAGCGGUUUCAGAGAAGGGACUGAAGCUGCACCAAGGAAGAAGGGAGCUGCAGCUUCUGCUUAAGUGAGAGUGUCUUAUUCGGUACCAGUUAUAGCUUUACUAGGGCACUUUAUGAUUCUAAGACAAGCUCUUUAAGAACAUUGUUAUUGUUAUUAUCGAUGGCAGAACUUAUAUUACUGCUUUGAGUUUUGAACAUGAAAUGUAUCAGACUAGUGUUACUUUCUAAUUACAUGAUGGUUUGAUGAUAUAUGAAAUUCUGUGUUUUUAUUGUUUGGACC